AUGUCCACACAGAACCGUCGCUCGUCGGUUUUUUCCUCAACGGCGUCGUCUAUGGCGAAACGACACCCGUCGUUGUCGUCGGGGAAGGCGAAGGCGGUUCCUCCUCCGCACGUGGCUAGAAAGAGAGAGCCUCUCACAAACCUCACCAAUUUGAAAACGGCGUUUCCUGCUCCUUCUUUGGUGUCAUGUUCAACUAAAAUUACCAAGACCAAGAAAGAGAAUGAGGCUCCUGCGAGAACCAGCAUCACAAGAUCAUCAAUUCGGGAGAAGAAAGUACCAGCGUUGCAAAAUGUUAACUCAAGCGCAGUUAUUAAUCCUAAGGCCAAUUCUUUACCCCAAAGGAAAGGUGUUUCUCCUUGUAUAUCAGAUGCCAUGUCCGUUUCUAUGGAUGAGACAAUGUCUUCCUGUGAUUCUAUUAAGAGUCCUGAAGUUGAAUAUAUGGACAAUUGUGAUAUUUCAGCUCUUGAUUCAAUUCAGAUAAAGCCAUUCAGCAAUUUGAAUAGUUCUGAUACUACAGAACCUAAAGGUAAUUUAUGUAGUAGGGACAUAAUUGUUGAGUUGGGAAGAGAGGAGAUUGUCAAUAUUGAUAAUGUUUACUCGGAUCCGCAGCUUUGUGCUACCUAUGCUUGUGACAUCUACAAGAACCUACGUGAAUCUGAGGAAAAGAAAAGGCCUUCCGCUAACUUCAUGGAGACAAUUCAGAAGGACAUAAAUGUCAGCAUGCGCGCAAUAUUGAUUGACUGGCUUGUUGAGGUGGCUGAGGAGUAUCGGCUUGUACCUGAUACGUUGUAUUUGACUGUGAACUACAUAGAUCGGUAUCUUUCAGGGAAUGCUAUGAAUAGGCAAAGAUUACAAUUACUUGGUGUUGCCAGCAUGAUGAUUGCCUCUAAAUAUGAGGAGAUUUGUGCACCUCAGGUGGAGGAAUUUUGUUAUAUAACUGAUAACACGUACUUGAAAGAAGAGGUUUUGCAAAUGGAAUCUGCUGUCUUGAAUUAUCUGAAGUUUGAAAUGACAGCCCCAACAAUUAAAUGUUUCUUAAGACGAUUUGUUGGUGCUGCUAAAGAUGUCACUGAGGUCCUUUCACUGCAACUAGAAUGUCUAACCAACUAUAUUGCUGAAUUAUCUCUCUUGGAGUACAGUAUGCUUUGUUAUGCUCCAUCACUUAUAGCUGCUUCUGCAAUUUUCCUGGCCAGAUUUAUACUUUUUCCUUCAAAGAAGCCAUGGAAUUCCACAUUGCAGCAUUACACGCUCUACCAGCCUUCUGAUCUGUGUGCAUGUGUAAAAGAUCUCCAUCGUCUUUGCUGCAACAGUCAUGAUUCUAAUUUACCUGCAAUCCGAGAGAAAUACUGUCAGCACAAGUACAAGUAUGUGGCCAAGAAGCGCAUCCCUCCUUCAAUACCUCAAGAAAUUUUCCAGAAUUGA